UGGCCCAGUCCGCGAGCGGCGGCGGCGGUCACGUGCUCUCGCCCAGCCCCGCGGAGGGGUCCCGGAAGGCGAAGACAGGGGAUGGCACCCGGCUUGUGAGCGGGAGGAGGCAGGGUGCGAAACUACAAUGAAUCCUGAAAAUCCACGCUACAUUUUGGGAAGGAUCAGAUUUCUCAUUGAAUGUAUUGAUUGCUUCAAGAACAGCAAGCCUUUGCCAGAGGCUCUGUGCUAUGUACCCAGAGAGGUCCUGUACAAGUUUUGGAAGGAUUCGACCUUCUCUAGUGCAUCACUGGGCCGAUCACAGUACAUUGUUUCAGUUUGGCAAUUAGCCUCCCAGUCUCAACGCAAAAAACUCUUUGAUAUUGAGUUAAAGAGAGGAACUUGUAUCAAAGCCACAGGCGAGGAAUACUGCAAUAGCCAUGGCCUCUGGGUGAAGAUGAAUCAGGAGCAAAUACAGGAAUAUAACAGCAGCUGUCAGAGUAAAGAAGGCUGGAUUCUUCUGUGUAAGCAGCCAGAAGGUGGUGAACGACUUGUGCCAGUAGAAACACCUGAAAGGCUUCAGAAACAGCAACAGCUUUUUGGUUAUGACUACAGGCCGUGUACAAGAUGGGAGCAGGUGGUUGAUGCACAAUAUUCCUUACACCUGGGGGCAAAGCCGAAGGUGGCAGCAAGGGAUGAAGCGGCAGUGCAGAAAUUAAGGUUUGUUCCUCCCACCUGGACAUUUGAGUGUGAUGAAGACUUAGUACAUUACUUCUAUGACCGCAUAGGGAAGGAGGAUGAAAACUUGGGCAGCGUCAAACACCUCGUUGACAGCAUCGAGGCUUCUUCUUUCUCGGAUGAAGCCAACGUGUGGUGCUUGACGGAUGGAGACAACGACACAUUCUGGGAGAGCGAGGGGAACCAGGGCCAUCAUUGGAUUCGAUUGCACAUGAAGAAAGGCAUCAUUAUAAAAAAGCUGUUUCUCUCAGUCGAUGCAACGGAUGACAACUACAUGCCAAAAAAAAUUCAAGUCUACGGUGGUGAACGUGAUAAUUUAAAAAAGUUAAAUGAUCUCACUGUUGAUGAGACUUUAGUUGGUGACCUAUGUGUUCUUGAGGACAUGAUGGUACAUCUUUCUAUAAUUGAAAUUCGCGUUUUAGAGUGUGUAGAUGGAGGGAUAGAUGUCCGACUGCAUGGCCUCAAGAUCAAAUCUUCAAGAGAAAGAGACUUGGGACUAAACAUUGAUAUGUUUCAAACAGCAAAUCUUGUUCGUUAUCCACGUCUAGAGGGACAUGAUCCUGAUAUGUUAUAUAGAAGAGCAAUGGUAACCCACAGAUUCCUUAAACUCCUGGACAGCCUUAUUCACUAUCUAGUGCCAGCUUGGGACCACACAGUGGGAUCAUUUGGUCACUUGAAGUACAUCAAACAAUUCCUCCUGCUUUCAAAACGGCGCACUGCUCUCAUUACACAAUGCCUCAAGGAUUCAGAAACCAACAAACCCAGCUUCAUGCCAAAACUCUAUAUAAAUCGAAGAGUAGCCAUGGAGCAUCGUGACAACCCUUCCCUUGAUCCCUCCUGCAAGAAUACUGUGUUCACGCAGAUGUUUGAGGGGCUGAAGCCUUCGGACAAGUGCGAGAAACCUUUAGAUUACAGGUGGCCGGCGCGCUAUGACCAGUGGUGGGAAUGUAAAUUUAUCUCUGAAGGAAUCAUUGAUCAAGGUGGUGGAUUCCGAGACAGUCUCUCUGAUAUCUCUGAAGAACUUUGCCCAAGUUCUGGAGACAGUCCUGUACCUUUGCCCUUUUUUGUAAGAACAUCCAAUCAGGGCAACAGAACUGGAGAAGCAAGAGAUGUGUAUGUUCCUAACCCAUCUUGCAAAGAAUUUGGAAAGUUUGAAUGGAUAGGCCAGCUGAUGGGAGCGGCAUUACGAGGGCGAGAACUUCUGGUGCUGGCUCUUCCUGGAAUUGUAUGGAAACAACUAGCAGGUGAGGAGGUGACGUGGUCCAAGGACUUUCCUGAAGUAGACUCUGUCUUGGUGAAACUUUUGGAAGCCAUGGAAACGAUGGACAAGGAGACAUUUGAAUUUAAAUUUGGGAAUGAGCUGACUUACACCACAGUACUGAGUGAUCACUCUGUUGUGGAUCUGAAGCCUGAUGGCAGUAACACUAUUGUUCAAUAUGAGAAUCGGAUGGAGUUCAUUCAGCUGGUACAGAAAGCAAAACUGGAAGAGAACAAGGAUCAGAUUCAGUCAAUGAGGGUUGGCUUACUGAAGGUGGUUCCUCAAGCUGUUCUUGAUCUGCUGACCUGGCAGGAACUGGAGAAGAAAGUCUGUGGUGACCCUGAAAUUACAGUGGAAGCUCUGAAACGUUUGACUCGCUUUGAAGAUUUGGAGCAGUCUGAUACUAGAGUCAAGUACCUUUGGGAAGCACUCACAAAUUUCACCAAUGAGGAUCGGAGCCGAUUCUUAAGGUUUGUUACAGGCAGAAGCCGACUGCCAGCCCCUAUUUUCAUCUACCCGGAUAAAUCAGGAUCAGAGAAAGCAGAUGCACUCCCAGAAUCUUCCACGUGUUCCAGUACACUUUUUCUACCAAACUAUUCCAGUGCGAAGCUUUGUGAAGAAAAGUUGCGAUAUGCAGUCUAUAACUGUGUAGCUAUCGACGCAGAUAUGGUACCAUGGGAGGAAUGACGACGCAUGGUAUCUGCUGCAUUUGAAUAGAAUAUUGUGAUUGGUGAAAGAAAUAAUGGACCACAGUUGCUUUAAAAUUUUGUUGUCCUUAUCUCUCCCCGACGCGCGCGCGCACACACACACACACACACGCACAUCCAUUUUUGAGUUUCCAUGGUGAUUUGUUGAUUCACUUUAACCAAUUGGAACAAAGAAGCUUUCACAUGUGAGUCACAAAAAUGACCAAUAAAGCUCUUCAGUGCUGCUGUGGUGUUCAUUUAGAUCUAUGUGGUAACAUGGCUUGUAUUCCUGAGGUCACUGCUUUUGAUACAAAAAAAUUCUUAAGCCUGGGGAUAGAGUAAUUAUUUGGAGAAAAAGUAAAAAUGAACACUUUGUUCUUGGCUAAGCUUAUAGAAGCAACUUACAAGUCCAAAGUGCUUUGUAGCCAAUGAAUUGUAUUUGAAGUGUUGGAGCAUUAUUCUGAGUAUAAAUAGGGUUUAUACAACAUCAGAGUUCCACAACAUCACAUGACAUGGACAACUAGAAAAUCAAUAUUCUUUGGCGUUAGUCUAGAUACUUUAGUUGAAUCACUAGAAAGGACUUGUUUCCUCCAUGCAGCAAACUACUACUAAUCCAUGUUUCAGGGCUGAUACUCAAUCUUGCGCAAAUUGUUGGCCAAGAAAUUAUGCACCCUAAUUUAAUAUAAGUGACUGGAAAAUUUGUGCUGUGGACUUUGUCAUUGCCAUGAUUCACUGCAAACAUUACUCCACCAAGCCCUUAUUCACUCAUACCUAAUCAAUGAGUCUUGAUCCCUCAACCAUUUAAAAUAGCAAUAGGCUUCCAUUUGCAACUUAUUCCAAAAUGGCAUUGCUAAAGAAAUAUUUGCCUGAAUUGCACACAGGAAGCAUACAUGAUUAAAAUAUGUUACUGCAGAUCAAUGCAUUCCAACAAAUAAACAACAGCAAAUGCAAUGCUCUACUUGGAGGAGAAUGAAUAUUGUUAUCUUAUGAGUUGGAUUGAUAAACAUGUUUUAAGUGAUUACACUGAAACUGAUGUUCUAUAAUAUAUGUGACAAUUUGGCUUCAGAGUUCACAACAGAAGAAUUGGUAAGGUAACUGUCAUUCUUGACAUUAUAUGAAUAAAUAACUUCCAUCAGUCUUGUAUCUGACUAUCCUUAAAUUGUCAGGUAAAUGAAGUGAAAUAGCAGAAAUGGUUGGAAAUUCUCCAUUUUGUAUGUUAAAUAUCAGUCACCCCUCAUGUUGCUCUACUGUCUACCAGGGUGACCCUUUAGUACAGCCCCAGUGAAACUCCAGUUAAUGAAGUGCCAGAUAACUGGAUGUUACUGUAUAGCCAAUUAGAUUUUGAGUAUUUGUCUCAGUAGGGAAAUGGAACUUGAUGCACUUUGUUACAGGGUUCUGGCCUUGUGUGAGAAUGUAUUACCAUCUUUUUGUCCAAGUAUUCAUCUUAGAUAAUAUAAUAAUUCAAGUUUAAAUGCAUUGUAUCCAGUGUCUGAAAUUUUAUACAAAUACAUUCUGUACAGUUUAAGUAAUCAUUUGUUUUCUCUGAUAAAACCAUUUGAAAACUACUUCAAAAUAUGUAUUGUUACCCAGAUUAUAGCUCCUGUACUUGCAGUGGCAACCCACAGUAUAAAGAAACUUGGGUUGAAGAAUCAUCACUGUUUUAUACACUCCCUUCAUACCUGGGGUGCUGUGAAUUACAGAAUUUUUUUCAUUGAGCUUUGCUAUCUCCCAGAAAGACCAGUAGAUGGGAGCACAGCAUUAAGAGUCUCUUCCAGCAGAAGUGCUGUACAUGGUGACAAAAAAAUGUGGCUGGGUUUCUAUAAGUAAUGAUAAUCUUGCCCUCCCUUGCUGCUAAAAUAAUUGUUGCUGUUAUUGAUGAUGCCAGUGAAACCAAACAGAAGGAAAUACAAGUUAAUCGGUCUAUUUAAAUGUGGAAUUCAUGCAACCUAGCUAUUUAAUACUGUUGGGUAUGAUCUUAUAGUUAAUACAAUUCAUCUGCACAGUUGCUUGUUCAGCAAAAUAUGUAAAUUAAAAUGUUUAAUACUA